GUCCUGAUCUCAAUGAAACGUCAGGUAACAACAACAACAACAUGAUCCUGGAUAUCCCUCACUCCUCGGCUCCAGAUGGAAGCCUCUACGCCCAGGUCAAGAAAACACCCUCACCGGAGCAGUCUCCGGUCAUCCCCAGACUGACCAAUGGGGAUAGCAAUGCCCCAUUGCCUUAUGUCCUCUCCCCCGACAGAGCCCCUCAGGUCCACACCUCCAAGGAUGGAGGCAAGAGAAACAUGGACUACCGGGAGAGAAUGGCCCUGGAUGAACUGCUCAAAGGCAUCACUGGGGAGGAUACAGAUGGAGGAAUUGUGGUGAACAACAAUAUCCAAUGGAAGGCACCACCAUCCCCUGAUAACAAGGUUCUCCAUCAUGAGCCUGUCCACACAAGGCGCAUUGUUAGUGUGAGUGAGGAUCUCCGCCAUGCUCCGGUUUCCCAAUCCAAACCCAAACCGCCACCACCAGUCCAGGAGGAUAUCAAAGAAGAAGCUGCUGGCCAGGAGAACUCUUCGCCCUCCAAGAAACCAGCAUCUAGGAAGGAGUCCAGUGAAGCCGAGAACCCAUACGCAGAGAUUACAGACGCCAUGCAGCAGAAGCUUCAGCAGAACCCCAACACCAACCAGAGUGGUCCACAACAGGAGAGGAUCCAGCAGGAGGUGGUCCAACAGGAAAUGAUCACACCUGUUCUUGUGACGAAUAAGGAGCAAUCCGCACCACCAAUGAUGAAUGGAGGCAUUAGUGUGCCACGUUCUGUGGAGCAGCACAAUCCCACGUAUGAGAUCACGCCAAAGGGAUCAAACCAUCGGACAAUGCAGAAUGGUCCUGUGAGUCAGAAUGGACGGGUUGUUCAAAAUGGACCAAUGGUUCAGAAUGGACAAGUGAAUUUAAACCCAGGACAGGUGAACCUCAACCCAGGACAAAUCAAUGUUCCCAAUGGACCGACACCUAUGACAUAUAACCAGAUAGGUCACAAUGCUAGUCCAGCCCAACCGUAUGUAGCACAGAUGAAUGGGCCGGUGGAGACCCCUAUCGUACCCAACUCUGUUAGUAGGGUGACAGAAAGGACUCCUUAUGCAAGUAGAUUAGAAAAUGGCCCAACAUCUCCUGUGCAUACCAAGUAUGAGGCGCGUCCUGUAAAAGCAAGAGAGGAUAGGUUUCAACUCCUAAGGAAAGGCCCUAAUGCACCUGAACAAUACCAGCCAUCCCCUCCAUCCCCUGCGCAGGUUAGCCCUGUCAGUCCUACCAAUAAUGGUGACGAUGAUGGGCUUGGCUGGCUCAGGAGGCAGCAGGAUAAACUUCGUGAAAAGCGGGAGAGGGAACAAGGAAGACCUAUUGUGAGAGAAUCCCCAGGAGAACCUAUCAGAGUCACGCCUGUCAAUGCAUCUCCAAAGUUACGUGUUCGUUUUGAGGGUGACGUCGAGCCGGCACCCCCUAUGGUGUCCCCACCACUGUCCGCCAAGAGGGAAGAGCCACCGUCUUGGCUUGCGCAACAACAGCAGAAGUUGCAGGAUCGUCAAGGUAACAACAUCACUCCUAUCAACCAGGCUCCAGUGGUGGCCACAGAAGUAACACCAGUGCAGAAUGCAAUGUCUCCUGCACCUGAUCGCCUGUUGAUGACUGGCACUCAGGAUGGUGGCGUGUCUUUGAGACGGGGUGUGUCACCUCCCCCUCUUUCUAUUUCAAAAGACUUAGAGCAAUCCAUUAGCGAGCUUGGGCAAAUGAACACUGCCAAGCCAGCCCAGAGCUACGUUCAGCGGACUGUCACCACCACCACGACCCGAGAAUGGGAACCCCAUGAGAGACCACUCAACAGGCAGCUAUCUGAUCUGACCCACGAUAGGGUUCGUGACCCUGUUUACCAGAGACCUGCUGAUGAUCAGUCACCAAAGGUCCCUGCUACACCUUCUACGCCUUAUGAUCCAGUUCCUCCCAUUCUUACCAAUUCACAACUGAGGAACGAUGGGAGAGAAGAGAUAGAGCACUGGAAUAAUUACGGGUAUAGCUAUAACAGCAAUUCUAUGCAACAGACUGGUCAAACUUUGCCAGGCCCUUCUGCAUCACAGAGGUUCUUUCCAACCAGUCCUAUGCAACCCAAGGAUGGCGAAAAGAGUCCAGUGGGUCGUCAUUUUCAUCUUCCAGAGUCGCGAUUGCCCGACAAUCCACCUUAUAAUCAGCAGCCGGCUCGGACUGAGCGAAAUGUGCGGACGUUAAACAAACAAACCCUGCAUGUGGAGGCGACUAACCCAUCACAAAGUGUGACCCUUAACACAACCCAUCCCCCUCUCUCCUCCAUGCAUGGAAGCACCCCUUCAUACAACAAAGACGGGCGAGUCUUCACCCGUAGUGUGAGCAAUUCUGGCCUUGAUGAACUCCUUGAGACUAAUAAUAACAACUCUACUACUAACGAGGAUCCCUUCAGUAAUCUUGAUGAUGCUGUCAAGAUGCUAUCUCACUGGAGCAACGAAAUCCAGAAACUCAGUGCCCCUUACAAUUCAUCAUCAGUUGAUGCUAACCAUAACACGCAUGCCUCACUAGACAACCGUGCCAUCCUUUCUCACCAUCAACUCAACAACAACAACCAAUCAGAUGACAGGAUUAACCGAACUCACUUUCAAACCCACCAAUCCAGUGGUGGGUACCAUAACACAUCUCAAACAUUGACCAAUCACAGACCUCAGGCUACAUCCACACCUAGAAAGAACUUUGAUGAAGUUGAUCUGCACAUUGAUGAACCAACAGAGGUAGACAACAUACCAAGAGGGGUGGUGGCCGACAGAUCGCCAAAUUUUGUUGAUAGGACCCCUCCAGCAACCCAGUCCCGGCCUCCACGCCGCACCAACUCUCAGUCAGGUUAUGAUUCUGAUACCGGUAUCCAGCAGUACUACCGUCCCCCUCGCAGGCGCAACCUAAUCGACCCCGGUGCAGAGGUUUGGCUACAGAACCCCGGUGGACUUCCAAGGAAGGAGAGUGAAUUUUGGAACCGGAAGGACGGACUCAAGUCUCCGGAGCCUCCCAAGGAGUACGACCUGAGCUCGUCUACCGAGAGCAUCUCUGGUUCCAAGACACCCAAGUUCCCUGUUGGGCCCCGGGCCUAUGCCAACAUGACCAAGACCUUUAUCGUAAAGACUGGAGCGCCACCCCAUGGUGAGAAAGGGAAAGUCUUGCCGCCUGUACUGCAUGCUGACUAUCACCUUGGUCCAGACCAGCCACUCCCCCUGCAGCGGACCAUGCAGCGACAAGACAGCUUUGAAAUCCCGCCCGUGCCUGAACCUGCGGCACGCCCCGCACCCACGGCUGAGGUACAUGCCCCACCCCGUCAACCGGCACCUGUUCCUGUGACGGAGCCUGCCAGGGAGAUCCAACCCACCCAGCCAAUGUUCUCAGAGACGAGGGUAAUUACCGUGGAGAAUAGGACAGAGCCUAGCAGACAGCCUAUGGAAUGGACCCCUACUCCACCGGCUCCUGCCAGCCAAGAGCAGAGGUACUACACACCCACACCAACCAGGCCUACUCCUGCAGAUGACGAGUCUUUCAGGCAACUGGAAUACCUGGAGAGUGAGCCAUGGCUGGGACGCAAGCCCAUCAUUCAUUCUCCCCCUCAUCGUCCCAAUGCACCAGUUGAGGUACAGCCCUGGAUACCACCUGUUGUCACCACCACCAUGUCCACUACCGGUCCUGUACAGACGGUAACCAAUGGUGUUCCUCAGACGGUAACCACCACCCAGUGGAGACGGGAGGUCACUCAUCAACAACAGCCCAUUGAGAUUACACCUAUCACUAGGGAGGUUACAGAAGAUGUGGAAGCCAGGAAACCAAGAAAUAUUCUCGACCCUCCUCCAAGUCUUCUUGAAGAUGUGGUGGAACCACCAACAGUAUCUCCGGUUGUGGAAGCCAGAUUCACACCUCGCUAUGUACGGGAAGUCAAUGCUGCUCCCCCACCAUCAGCGCCACUCCCCCCAGCAACCACCCCACCCCAACCCAGUGUGGUACAGUACCAGGAGCAGCCACCUCGCUCCAGGGCCAUGGAGCCACCUAUCACGGAGGUGCGGCUCCAUCCGGUGGAGCUUGGACCUAUCCAGGUGGUUCCUGUCGAGACUCAGGUCAUCAUAGAUAGGAAGGAGCAAUACCCGGGUCAAGAUGCAAGGCAACAAGCUGCACCUGUUCAUUCUCCGGUUACCAGUCAACAGUACCAGGCUCCAUCAUCACAGCCUCACCAAGGGACCGUCACACCCCCUCCAACAUAUGGUACAGUCAUGGCCAGAUCUCCAUCACCUACCUUUGGUAUUGUGAAAACCUCUGCCCCUCAAGCAUCUCACGGUUUCGUCCAGAACUCACCAUCAUCACCUGUGUCCUAUGUCACUGCCCCGCCUGCCUCAGCACCAUCUUCUUACUCUACAGUUCAGCCGGUCUCACCCCCGAUGUCGUAUGGAACAGUCCAGAGCACUCCACAGAGGGGGGUGAUGACUGGCCCUGGUCAGGAACCUUCCAUUAUUCACCAGAGGGUGGAGGUGCGGGAGAUCACCCAGACGGAGAGUGUGCCUGUGUCACAGACCCUUCAGCAGCAGCAACCGCAUCAGCAGCCAUUACAGCAGCACCAAGAACCACCAAUCCUGCAGCAGACCCAACAGCAGGUUCAACAAGACAUACCGUCAGAGCAAGCACCAGUGUCACCAGAGCAGCCAUCGGCAACCCUAAACGAGCGCCUGCUCAACCAGCCUAAACCACCGGUGCAGUACCCGACGUUCAGCGAUAGACAUCGUAAGGCUGCUAAGGGGCCUGUUGAUGACUCUCUUCCUAAUGGUGGUGCAGGAUACAGGACCAUCUAUGAUAACAGGAGACAGAGGUCUUCACUUGGCAAUGAGGGGCAGUUACCGAGUCCGGGCGGAUUAUCGGGAAAAGGGGUUCUCAACGGAAGCACGACACCGCCAACGCUUAGUGGAAGAAGCACGCCCUCAAAUUUCUACUACACACAGAAGUUGUCACCCUAUGGCAGUUCAAGUUCAUUAGCAGAUCCGAGCGUAGAACAUGUUCGUUUCGUCAAGGAUCUUUCGGCGUGGUGGUACAAACCCAACAUAUCAAGGGACGAUGCAAUCAACAUUUUGAAGGACAAACCUCCUGGGACGUUCAUCGUGAGAGACAGCAAUUCCUUCCCAGGGGCAUUUGGUUUAGCACUGAAAGUAGCACAGGUACCAGCUAACACAACACCAAGAAAAGGCGGUGAUCCACAGAGCGAAUUGGUGAGGCAUUUCUUGAUCGAGCCCAACGCCCGAGGGGUGAGGCUCAAAGGAUGCGUCAAUGAGCCCAUCUUCAGUAGCUUAUCAGCACUGAUCUACCAGCACACACUGACACAGCUCGCCUUGCCGAUCAAGCUUGUCUUACCGGAUAUGGAUCCAUCAGGUGCUGAUGCUACUGAUGCUGGUCUGGAUCCCAAGUCAGCAGCAUCGUUAUUACAGCAGGGAGCAGCUUGCAAAGUGUUGUACAUCGACAGCGUUGACAUGGAAUCCUUGACAGGGACAGAGGCUAUACGGGAAGGCUUGACCAAGACGUUGACUGCCAAGAAGAAACCUGAGGCUGUUGUCGUCCACUUCAAGGUGUCCUCUAAAGGAAUCACCCUCACAGACACACAGAGAAAAUUAUUCUUCAGAAAGCACUACCCAGUCAAGUCAAUCCUCUUCUGUGGAAUGGACCCACUCACAAGAAAAUACCCAAGGAAAGAAGGCCAAGAAGUAGCUGACGCGAAAAUCUUUGGAUUUGUUGCCCGCAAGCCAGGCAGCCUGACAGACAACCAGUGCCAUCUCUUUGCCGAUUGGGAGGUCGAACAGCCCGCCUCCGCCAUUGUUAGUUUUGUUACCAAGGUGAUGCUUGGCUCCGCCUCCAAAUCAUCAGUCAAGACACCCUGAGCAUAGAGACAAAAGAUGAGAGAAGUGAACAGACAAUGAACUCUGCUUCUCCUAACAUGAACUGUAGAGGGAGCCAGUCAAAUGCAAAGGCAUGCAUGAAUUGGGUCUCAUUGCAUGCUGUAUAUCAUCAUAUCUUAACAGCUUUACAACCGAUUUCAUUGAUAAAAAUGAAUCAACAUGCAGCUUGAACCUGUCAGAUGUUUUCAUUUUAUGAUAAGUCAGUAAAAGUCAUUCAGCGAAAAAUUGUUUUAUCAUGUUUUUAAAACUAUUUGGCUCCUCUUCACAGGAGAAAGAAAGGAAAUGAUUCAGUGAAUUUAAAAGUUUUGAUAUGGAAUGAAUUUAAUUGCCUUGAUUCUGUAAAUGAAAUAAAUUUGGAGCGCUAUUUUUCAUGCUCUCUGAUUUGUACAGUUUUUAUGAAAUUUACAAUUGAGAAAUUUUUGUCUUAGUAUUUAUUGACAGUAUUGCAAGCUUUUCUAGAAAAAAAAUACAGAGAAUUUUCUUUAUUUUUGUGUAAAAAUGAGUGAUAAUUUUAAAGAGGAAUAUGUCUAAUUAUGAUUAAUCAAUUUGUGGAUAGGGACUUUUGAAUAUUCAUAUGAGCCUUUGAUAUUAAGCCUUUCACACAAUCAGUCACAUGUGAACAGUAUGAAACUCAAAUUGGACGAAAUAACUAAGGAGCCUGUUCCCAUUGGUAUGUAAAGAUAUGCCACCAACUCACUUUCUAUCAGCUGUGCACAACCCCUCAUAUUCCCCUCGACAAGCUUUCAGUGGAACCUGUCUAUAUAAACCACAGGCAAGGAAAGCAGUAUUUUUCUUGGUAGCUAAUUGGUCUUUAUUUGGCAGGUUCCAUUAAUCCAUUCAGAAAGCACGGUGUAAUUCACUGGUCUUUCUUAAUAUGCAAUCGCUUGAGAAGAAUCCAAUGAAUUAAUUUGCUUCUAGUUCACAAAGUGUAUGAUAUAUGAUUAAACGUGAUUGUCCUUAAAAAUGGUCAACUCAAUAGUAAACACAACAACAACCCAAAACAGCAAAUUUCUUAUUCUAGGGGCAAACUUGGGUUGUACUUGCAGAAAGCAAAUCCUGACUGUGGGGCCCAGACUUAUAGACUGUUAUAUGUGAAUUUUGCAUGUCAACUUUUUUCUAUAAAUGUUGAACAGUUUGAAACAAAAGUAACUAGUACCAAGAAAGCAAGCAAACCGACUGUAAAGUACAGUUGUAUGGGGCAAUUAAAAGAGGCUAUGUAUAUUAUAGUGUUUUUAAGAGUGGAUUUUUUUCUUUCAUAAAAAAUAAAGAAAUUUUGACCUGUAAAUUAGAAUCCCUAAAAAAAAUAUUGCAUGACUCUAUAUCGAUGUGAUUUUAUAUGAGAAUGUUUUAAUGUUGAAUGUUUUCUUGCUGUACUUUGAAAAAAAAUGCAUGGCAUUAUUUUACUUUAUUUUGUUCUUUUAUCUGAAUAAAUUUACAAAAAAUAGAAUUCAUUAUAUAUACAUAUUUCAUAUGUACUUGAAAACACUGUCAUACAAUUGGAUUCGAUACUUUUUGUAUUUCGUAGAAAACUCUAGUUAGUGAGAGUAUGUAGAUGGCAGCUAGACGGUGAACCGUAUCAAUACUAAUGAAAAUAAACACAUGGGAUUGUUGAAAAUUCUCAAAUAUUUAUUAGCAAAAUAACACCAAAAAUAUAUUCAAUGCAGAUUUGAAUUUUUUUGUUUUUAUUUUAGUUAGUUUUGCAUUUUCAAGAAAAUAAUGGAAUAAAUUAUUUUUCAAAAAAAAUACAUAAAUUGCAAUUUGUUUGCCUUGCAUAUUCUAGGUUAAUAUAAUUAUUUUUUAGUUAUCAAUUUGUAAUAAAUUGAAGAAUUUUCUGUGUUAUGGUUUGUGUUCCUUCAAGUUUAAAUAUGUAAUAUUUACAACUCAUUUUAUGGUUUAUGAAUGAUGUGAAGGAAGCUAAUGUCUCUUUUAUGUGUUAUAUUUAUGAGCUCCCAAGUGCCAAGUUGUGUUUGAGCAAUUUAUUUGUGAAUAAUAUAUCUAUGUUUUCUCUCUAUUUCUUCCUAUCUCUCAUAUUUAUUAAACAACUUUAUGUACAAAUACAAAGUUUUUAGCUGCAUAAGUAUUCAUAGUGGUGCAUCAUGCAUUUGUCAAUGUCAUUUAUAUUUUUACUGGUACAAAACUAUUAUUUCAUUAUCUAUUUCAAAAAUGCCCAUUUUAAAACUUGUCAGUCAUUUAUCGUGUAAUAUAAUUUUUAGAUGUCAAUUCUGAACGCAAAUCUUUCAAGCAUUUUGAUAUUCAUCUUGACAAUUUUUUAUCUUCUUUAUUUUUAAGAACAAAGCAAAUCAUGAUGACAAUAGUAAUAAAUCUGUGAAAAUUAUAAUGAUGAUAAUUACAAAAUAAUGAUAUUGAUAUUCUGAUAUAACUGUUAAGCAUGUUAUCAAAAUUAUAUGCCAUAAAUAUAAUUGUCUUUCUUUCCCCCAUCUUUGCCCCAUAUAUAUUAUGUUUUUGACACCCUGUUUUGAUUUGGGAAAUAUCUUAUAAUAAUAUGCUGAUGAAAUAUGAAAUUGAUAGGGCUAGAAUCAGAAUUAAAAUCAGUUCAUAAUAAAAAAAAUUCUCUGUUUUUAACGGAAAUAUAUUCUUGCUAUUGAGAGGAAAAAUGCUAUUACAUAUUUCAAAAUAUUACCAAGAAAACUACCAUUGACUUUUCUUUGAGCUGCAGUUAUUCUCAUCAUGAAUGAAACUCUUUCAUGACAUAUCAUGCACGACAUAAUCAAUGAUACUAGGUCACCAAGUAAAAACGACAUUGCUAUUAAAACAUAGAUACCAUAUAUAUAUUAUAUAUAUAAAUAUGAAUAUUUUUCAAUAUGUUAUUUGCUUCUGCAUGAGUAUUUGUAGUGGUAUAUAAAUGUGUUUGUAUAUGCUUGUACUUGUAAAAAUAUAUGUGUUUGGAAUCAAUGUAUAUUACAAAGAUGUUGUCGGAGUCUUUGUAUACUUGGAAUAUUAUCGUAAAAUUCACAGCGUAUGUAGGUCUCAUCAUGCCGCAUUUCGUACAAAACAAAUUUCACCAUUUCUAUUUCAGUAUAGUGGAAGUUAGCGAAUAAAUAAUUGAAUUUCAAUCUCAAAGCACAUUAUGAAUUGCACCGAUGGAUAGACCACUCUUCACCUUACAGUAAUAUCUCCCCCCCCCCCCAUGAGUUGAGUGAGAAAAAAAUACAUGCUUUUAUUUAUUUUCUUAUUAGAUGAAGUCAAUAAAUUGAUGAAAUAUAUUAUAGGUAUAAGAUUGAAGGGAAAUAUGUAUUGAAUGCCAUAAUCUUACAGAAAGAAUCAUGAGACGUAGAACCAUUUUGGCCUAAAUUAUCAAGACUCCAUACUGAUAAAGAAUUUUUAUUUAAAAUAAAUAUGUACAAAAUUGAAAUUUGUAUGACUUUUAUGCAGAGUCUGAGAAACAUUGAGUAUUCUGCUAGUUAUUAUAUUUUAAAAGAAUAUUGAAUUUAAAUUAUUGUAUUGUAGUCAUUGCCAUGGGGAUAUUUUAGAAUGCAGCCGAAGGAACGUUAGAUAACUCAUAUUUUGCAUGUCUGUAUGGAAAUAUGACAAGUCUUGUUAUACACAGUACAAGAAUGUAAUAAAAGUUGUUCAACUUUAA